ACAACUUCACCUGCGACCUGCUUUGUACCACGAAAAGUCUUUGAUUUGUUUGAAAUUUAAUUUAAUUAAUUUGCUGAGAGUGUGCGUUUGCCGCUGGCCAUAAAAUUGAAGAGGGUCUGGCAUUGAAUAAUUUACCAACACAUUUGCAAAGAAUUACAAAAAGUAAUUUUGGUUAGAGAGACAUCGUAAAGUGUGAGCUGCGCAGUCGCAGCGCCUGUGCGCCGGCGCACAGCCGGAGAAUCCCAGUUGGGGCACUCGAAGUAGAUUCCUUUUCGGGGCCAUACGAUGACCGAGAAUCAGCUGUAUCCCAUGUCAUCGGAAUUCUUUGACACUGGCUCCAACAGCAGCAGCAAUCCACUCAAAUACGAUUUAUAUUCGUUGGGUUCGAGCGUUGUGGGUGCCGCCCUGCCCACAUUGACCAUCAAUACGGGCUAUGGGAGCAGCAGCAGCAAUAAUCACAACAACAGCAGCAGCAGCAACAACGGAGGAGGAGGAGUCAGUAGCAGCAGCAACUGCUCGACGAGCACCACAAAUACCUGUAAUGUAAUGCUUAGUACAACGGCCAUAACCAUACCACGUAGCAACAAUCACAACCAGAGCCAUCAUCAUCCGUAUCAGCAGACGGAUUUGCAUACACCGCGACACCAUCCCAGUCCGUUGCACACACUGCCCAGCAUGACGCACCAGCAGCAGCAACAUCAACAGCAGCAGCAACAGCAGCAACUCCACCAACAACUGCAGCAGCAGCAGCAGCAGCAGCACUCCCACUCACACUCGCAUUUGGCAUUGGGAGAACUCUCCGACUUUGGCUUGGAUGCACUGGACGCAGCCUCGCUGUCGCCUACGCUGCUGCAGGAUGUUAGUUUGAGUGCCGCCUCGCCCUUAAAUUCCACGCUGUACAAUGGCAACAGCAGUGUGGGAGGUGGCGGAGGUGGCAGCCUGGCUGGCGGCUACUUUGCACCCGACAUGAGCCACACACUCAGCCUGAAUGUGGUCAGCGAGCAGGUGCUGCAGCUGCAGGACGGGCAGAAUGAGCUGCUGUACGAGAUGACGCCCAACUCGAAUGCCAUGUGGAGCGACAUCAGCAGUGCCAUUAUCCAUACCAAACAUGAACCCUUUAGUCUAGACGAUGAUUACAUCUUUCCCAACGACAAGGCUGAGAUACAGGCUGCCGAUCUGGCCGAUUUGAAUGGCGGUGACUUUCUCGACGUCAUUGGCAGCAUAGAGGACUUUCUGCCACAAGCGACAGUCUCCCAAAGCGUAAAUUUCAUGCUGUCGCCGCAGGGUGCCCAGGGACAGGACUCGCUGGUGGCACCACCCAUGGAGCUGCUUCAGCAGCAACAACAACAGCAGCAACAGCAAUUCCAUGUUGGCAGCCUGCCGCAGCUGCAGACGCUCCUCACACUGACCCAACAGCAGCAGUCGAACAGCAGUUCGUCCACUAGUCCGUACGAGAUCUACCACAGCACACCGCAGAAGCAGCAGCAGCAGCAGCAGCUGGCGGCCAGCUUCUCACCCGGCAGCCAGGCGUCGCACUCCCCAUUGACGCCACCACCGCCGCCGCAUGCCAAUCGCUCGCAGUACCAAAUGGUCAAGUCGCGCCACAACAUGCAAGAUCUCAAGAAGGGCUUUCCCAUGUCUUCGCCGCCGGACAGAUCGAUGCUCAGCCAGUCGGCGGCCCUGAGUCCGGGCGGCAGCAGUGGCUUUGGCAGCGCUGCCUCCGGCAACAGCACAGCUCUGGAUGGCACUGGGCCGAGUGGCAGCAGCAGCAGCACCAGUCAGGCGGCCGCUGCCAGCAGUGUGCGCAAAUCGUUUGGCUUUCAGGGCGGCUCCAUGGAGAGCAGCAGCUCGCAGCUGAGUCGACUGAGCUCGUCGGCGCCCACCCAUUUGGGCAACGAACAGAUUUGGAGUCGACGAGAGCCGCGUCAGCAUUUACUCUCAACCGGCUCGCUGGCCGAGGCCGAGAGCUUCUCCUCGCUGAGCACGGGCAGUGUGCUGUCGCCGGAUUGCAUUGACUUCUCGCAGGACGAUGACGAUGACAACUCGAGCGAUAAUAGCGACAACUACGAUGACUUUAGCAGCGACAAUGGUGGCGGUUCUGGCGAUGAGGAUGAGACACGCACCUCCACGCCAAAUCAGCUGUCGAGCAGCAAGGGCAAGGAGCGUUUCUUUUGGCAAUACAACGUGCAGGCCAAGGGGCCCAAGGGCAAGCGUUUGGUCUUCCAAUCAAAGCUCGAGGAUCCGCAUUUUCUCAACGAGGUCACCGAUCCCGUCUUCAGCCCCACCUGCUCGGUGCGUGGCAUUAAAGUUUAUAAGCACAGCGGCAAGGCACGUAAGGGCGAUGGCAAUGACCUCACACCGAAUGCCAGGAAGCUGCACAACAUUGGCAAGGAGCUGGACAAGCUGAGUCGCACCAUCAAUGACAUGACGCCCGUGUCGGAGCUGCCCUUCAAUUCGCGCCCCAAGUCGCGCAAGGAAAAGAACAAGCUGGCCUCACGCGCCUGUCGCCUGAAGAAGAAGGCGCAGCAUGAGGCAAAUAAAAUCAAGUUAUAUGGCCUUGAAAUAGAACACAAGCGCCUCAUCAAUGGCAUUGCCGAGCUUAAGCAGGCCUUGGCCCUCAAGCAUCGCACCAAAAGUCUGGGCGAGUCCACGGAGGAGGUGGAUCAACAGAUUGCACGCAUUUACACAACAGCCAAAACUGGAGUUUGCAUUGCGGGCGGCUCAACGGAUUUCGUGAACAAAGUGCUGGAGAAUAUGCGCGGCGGCUUGCACAAUGGCGGGCUGGAGGAUCUGCGUAAAUCAUCAUAGACCAAAAACAAACAACAACAACAGCAACAAAAACCGUUUAAAAGCUAACGAACCGCCCAUCAAGAUUAGUUGUACGCAAAAUAUAAGAGAUAAAUGCCCCUCUGGCAGCAUAAUUGAUAAUUGGAAUUCAGAUAACCAACAGUCAAGAACCAAUAAGAGUACUCAGGAUGGCUCCUGGCUGUAAAUCUCCCCCCCAAAAGGAACACUCCUCAAAAAUCAAUGAUUUCUAAUGUUUUUUUUUUGGAUAAUGUUCUGCUGGAGUGAUAUAAUAUUGAUAACCGAUAUAUAACUGUGAUUUAAAGAGCCUGGGCUUUAUGUAUGUUUUGUAUGGUAUGCAGCUGAAGCCGUAAAAACCGAAGAACCAGAGCCAAAAAAACAAAAAACAAAAGAAACACAAAAAUUCCUUUUGAAAAUGAAACAU